AUAUUUUACGUACACGGUACUCCAUUGUGAUUGAAAUCCAAAUUAUUUUUUGAUUAAAGAUAUAAAAUGAAAUAUUUCCAAAAUUAACUCAAUUUCGACAUUCGCUAAUCACUGUUUGUAAGAGGGAAAACCGCAAACAGAAGUGUAUCACAGAGAAAUUGAGCUUCAAAUCCAGACGAAGCGCCGGUGGCGAAAACCAUGAAUUUUAGAUAAACAAGUCGGGAAAGGAAAUCUCUCGUUCAUAUAUGUCAACUGACCGGCACAAUUCUUCGUUCGGUGCAUCUCCAGAUGAAACCAACCUGUUCCUUGACAUACUGCAAGAGGCUCCUUUGUUUGGUCAUCGGAAGCGAACAAGGGUCAUCGGGAGUGUCCUUUAUUGUCUUUUAUUGGCAGGUUAUGCUGUUUUAGCUGUGGGAGCUACAUGGAUACUUCAUUCCUUUCAAGAAUUACAUGUUCUGCUACUCUGUAGCUCUGAUGUUAUUCUUUUGGUUGCCACAGGUAUAUUUCAACAAUAUCUGGUUUACCAAGUCCAGAAAAUACGCCUUCAGGGCUAUUAUGGUUUCAGCCAAAAAUUGAAGCAUAUAAUUCGUCUACCUUUUGCUACUAUUGGAUAUGGAACCGCUGCAAUGCUACUUGUCAUGGCCUGGAAACCCCAUAUCAGUAUUCUGUCGAUUUCUAUGCUUCUCAGAAUCAUUAUGCUGGUUGAAGCAAUAUGUGCCGGUUUUUUUAUGAGUGUCUAUAUCGGUUAUGUGCACCAGUACAAUUCAUUAGAGUCCCAGCCUGAUGUUUUGAACUCACUCUACUCUCCACUGCAACAGUCAAGUUCUUUAGAAGGAUUGAGGUACCAUGAUGGUGGACGGCUAUCUGAUCAGCAGAUGGCUUUGUUGCAAUAUCAGAGAGAAAACCUUCAUUUUCUAAGUGAGGAGAUUCUUAGGUUGCAGGAAUGCUUAAGCAAAUACGAGAGAUCUGAUGACGGGAGCACGCCUCAGGUUGAUCUUGCGCAUUUAUUAGCAGCUCGUGACCAAGAAUUGCGCACACUUUCAGCAGAGAUGAACCAGUUGCAGUCUGAACUAAGACUUGCUCGAUCCCUGAUUGCCGAGCGGGACUUGGAAAGUCAACGUCUGCGCAAUACUAACAAUCAGUAUGUCGAGGAGAACGAAAGGCUUAGAGCUAUAUUAGGGGAGUGGAGCACCAGAGCAGCUAAGCUGGAGCGGGCAUUGGAGUCCGAACGCUUGACAAAUUUGGAACUGCAGAAGAGAGUUACAACAUUAAAGUCUCGAACAACGCAAGAACCAAUCGAGCCAAAUCAGCGGUUGGACCAUUAAUUCCAUUCUCGCUACCAAAUUUGUAUGUCUUUUCCUUUGGCUUGUGAGAUUCACUUGAUUAUGAAUUUCCAUUCUUUAUUUCUUUUAUUCUUGCUGUAGAAGAGUAUAGGUAAAAAUGGAUGUCAAAAAAAGCGUGCAUGAACCGAAUUGUGAGCCGUCCUUCACAUCUAUUCUAUCUGCUGGGGUUUUGUUUUUCUAA